GCCGCCGCGGGCGGGCUGCUGAGGUGGCUGUCGCCGGCUCCGAGCUACGGCUUCCCGGGUCGAGCCCCCGAUGGAGGCCGAGGCCAUGGACGUGCCCCCAGGCGGGGUCGAGGCGGCGCUCAGCUGCUUCUCUUUCAACCAAGACUGCACAUCCCUAGCAAUUGGAACCAAAGCUGGCUACAAGCUGUUUUCUUUGAGUUCUGUGGAGCAACUGGACCAAGUCCAUGGAAGCAAUGAAAUCCCUGACGUGUACAUUGUGGAGCGCCUCUUCUCCAGCAGCCUGGUGGUGGUGGUCAGUCACACGAAACCCCGGCAGAUGAAUGUGUAUCACUUCAAGAAGGGCACAGAGAUCUGUAAUUACAGCUACUCCAGCAACAUCUUGUCCAUAAAACUGAACCGGCAGAGGCUGCUGGUGUGUCUGGAGGAGUCCAUUUAUAUACACAACAUUAAAGAUAUGAAGCUGUUGAAGACCCUCCUGGAUAUUCCUGCAAACCCAACAGGUCUGUGUGCCCUCUCUAUCAACCAUUCCAAUUCUUACCUGGCCUAUCCUGGAAGCCUGACGACAGGCGAGAUUGUGCUUUAUGAUGGAAACUCCCUGAAAACCGUCUGUACCAUCGCUGCCCAUGAAGGGACGCUGGCCGCCAUCACCUUCAACUCCUCAGGCUCCAAACUAGCAAGCGCAUCUGAGAAAGGCACAGUCAUCCGGGUGUUCUCUGUACCUGACGGGCAAAAGCUCUACGAGUUUCGGAGAGGGAUGAAAAGGUAUGUGACAAUCAGCUCCCUAGUUUUCAGCAUGGACUCGCAGUUCCUGUGCGCCUCCAGCAACACUGAAACCGUGCAUAUCUUCAAGCUGGAGCACCUCGCCACCAGUCGCCCAGAAGAACCUUCCACCUGGAGUGGCUACAUGGGAAAGAUGUUCAUGGCUGCUACCAACUACCUCCCCGCCCAGGUGUCGGACAUGAUGAAUCAGGACAGGGCUUUUGCCACCGGACGCUUGAACUUCUCGGGGCAGAGGAAUAUCUGCACCCUCUCCACGAUCCAGAAACUGCCAAGGCUGCUAGUCGCCUCCUCCAGUGGACACCUUUACAUCUACAACCUGGACCCACAGGAUGGAGGAGAGUGUGUCCUAAUCAAGACCCACAGCUUGCUUGGCUCCGGAUCCACAGAAGAGAACAAAGAAAACGACCUCAGACCUUCCUUACCUCAGACGUACGCAGCGACUGUAGCCAGGCCCAGCUCAUCUUCCACCUCCACUGUGCCAGGAUAUUCUGAGGACGGCGGGGCGCUCCGUGGAGAGGUCAUUCCGGAACAUGAGUUUGCCACGGGACCAGUGUGUCUUGAUGAUGAGCGUGAAUUUCCCCCUAUAAUCUUGUGCCGUGGAAGUCAGAAGGGCAAAACGAAGCAGUCAUGACGAGUUGUGCACCUCAGAAAUCAGGACACCCCCUGUCAGGUGGUUUUGGAGAGAACAAGGAAGGUGGAAGAAUGGAGUGCGAUUGUGUGAGCAGAAAGGGGACAGUCCUGGGUGCUGCACUGCCUAAGCCACAGGACGCGGCUAACGCCUCACCAUGCCCCUUGGCCCUGGCUGCCUGUGGGCAUGGGGGACACUGUAUCCAUACCACGCUGUUUAAAAUAUCUUCAAACCACAGUGUAAAUGUUAGCUAACCAUAUUGGUAUAUAACCGGAAUUUUAUAUGAAAAAGGGCAUCCUUUUUAAAUGUAUGCUGUGUAAAAAAAUGUAUGUAUAGGAAAAUCUCUUUGAAUUGUAUUUCUUGUAUAUUACAUCCAUGUAGAGAGAAACUAUUUUAGCCAGGCAAAGUAUUUUUGCAGUGAUUGGAAUAAAUCAUUUAUUACCUUCAAGUCCCAUUUAGGACACUAAUAAUAAAAUCAUGGCAAUGCA